CGAAUCAGGGCUGAGUCUCGGAACUUGCCUUGCAAACUUUGCCAACACUUUGGCGCUGGUCUGUCAUUAGUUAUUGACCAGACUAUUGACCAAACGUUUUGCCACAGCUAUUAUACGAUACCCUUUUAAAGUCCUGUGAUCAACUUUUGGUUUAUGGAGGACACCUAGGAUGCAGGAAACAUAACCAGACUUUUUGGCCUGAGUGAUUCUUCGUUGCUUUUUUUUUGUGUGUUGUAUUUUCUAAUAGACUCCAUCUUUACUGGUGUUCAGUAGUAUUCUGGCGUUCUAACGCUCCAGGUUUCAGUAUAUAUAAAGUGUAACUACGCUUGCAAUGUUUUUUUAAAGCCAGCAGUUAUAUGAUUAGUUAUGGACAAUAGUUAACAAAUAAAGAAGCCUUUCAUGUGGCCCGUUAUUUAUAUUUAUUUAUCUAUUAUUAUUAUUUUUUAAUUAUUUGUACUUUAGUAGGUCCACAUCAGUCUCUGGCUGCCCCUUCUAACAUACUCAAAUAAAGUAUGUAUGUAUGUUCUGUUGUAAAGCAAAUAAAACAGAAAGGGGCUAGAGUACGAACGAAGUCGAGUGCUUCUCUCUUUUUCUUAAGACUAAUCGUUAUGAAAGUUGAUUCGUUUGCAAUUAAAAACGACGCUUGUAAUAAAAAUUGCUGGUCAGACGCAAAAGGACCCUGACAGCUAAACUAUAUAUUAAAAAUAAACUAUACAAAUGAAUGAUACAAAUUUAAGAGAUAACUGCUUACAGAAGGCUCCUAUAAGUAAUGAACUGUCAAAAUGAAAAACUGAAAUCUUGAACUAUGAUCUAUUCAUUUCGUAUUGAACAAUAUCAACAUUAUGUAAUAAGGAGGUUAACAACAGUAAUAGCCUAUGGUAAAAACAAUCAAUAUCAACUUUUUUUAUUGUUUUUUUUUUUUUUACUAAAAAAGGUAUUUGUGAUGUAAGGCUGACGGCUUUGUCGGGAACCAUUAUGUCUCCAAACCAUCCCGAUAACUACCCAACAAGACUAGCGUGCGUAUGGCUCAUUGAUGUUGGCUACGGCUAUCACACUACCCUGACUUUCCACAAAUUUAUGUUAGAAAAGAACGAAGGAUGUUCAUUCGACUGGCUAUCAGUGAAAGAAGGAAAUUCCACAAGUUCUCCGGAAAAAACCAGGGUUUGUGGCGACGUACUGCCCCCUAUCAUAGAGGCUACCGGGCCAGUGACGAUUACCUUUAAUACAGACGGUGAUAAAGAGUUUGAAGGGUUUGAUAUCACAUAUCAGGCAAAAGGUAAAACCAAAAUCAAACUAAAUGUAGAAAAAUUACAAUCUAGCGACAGAUAUCUGAUAUGGUGCAGCAGA